GCGCAGUGCAAAGGCGUCGUUCUCUUUAUUAUCAAAGUGUCUUGCUGACCGGAACGCACAAGAUGUUUAAGGCAUUAUAUGACUACAAUUCAAGCAAUCCAAAGUAUCUGAGUUUCAAAGCAGGAGACCGAUUUACUAUCAUAAAUUCAAGUCAUGUUGACUGGUUCAUCGCUCAAAACGGAUUUGGAGAAGUUGGUUACAUUCCAAGAAAUUACAUUACACACGAAGAUGUUGCUUUUUCGGAGGUCUUGGAAUCCAUAGAUAGGGCAAUACAAGCUAUACACUACCAGACAAGUGCAGACAAGUGUCCAAAUUCUGCACAACUCCGACAGAACCUCCAAAAGCUAACACAGCACAGGCAAUCUGUAGUGGAGGAAUAUAGCAAGAGGUUACCUCCUGCAAAUCAGAUUUCAAACAACACAGGGCAAGAGACCAGUGAAAUACCUAGUCUGAAGAAGUCCAGUCGGUCAUCAUCUAAAAAGGGUUUCCAGUCCAACAGUGAUGGAUCCGAUCCUUCCUCUCCUACUUCACAUGCUGGUACAGACAAAAGAUCCUCUGUGCGCCGGAAGGCUCCCUCCCCACCACGUCUAUCUGUCACUGGAAACACACCCACAGGGGCCCAGCCAGGGGAAAUCACAACUACAGGGGCCCAGUCAGGGGAAAUUACAUCUUGUAUUCCAGAAGGGUCACAGGAGGGAACCUUGAGUCCUGGUUCAGUAGCAGAGCAGGGCACUAGUGACAAUGUAAGCUGUAGUGGGGCUGGCGUGGCGUCAGUCCAGGGUAGUCUAAAAGUGGACACUACUCCUACCUCACCCAGCAGACAGAUGCUUUCACCCAGCAAAGUUCAGGGCUCAUUUCCAAGCAGUCCAAGUCGUCAGUUUGAUUCUCCUUCUGUUAUCAAUGUUUCUAACCUUCCAAUCCCUUCCCAUCUCGGAGCGGGUCUAGCAGAGGAAGUGAGGCGUCAUACAGGACUAAGUCAUGACAUGUCAUGUCUGGCAGUGGAAGUGGUGUUAAUUCAUGUUGGUAGUAUGAUACCUCAAGUGGGAUCACUUAUGGAAAAAGUUCUCUUCACUUUCAAUGAGAACAGCGACAUGUCUGAUGAAGACUCCGGUCAUGAUUCCAUGCGACUUCAGUAUGUGUUUUCCGAGUUAGUCGCCUGUAAAGAUGACUCCCAGCAAAGGAGUUGGGCUCUUCACCAGGAUCAACAGAUUAUACAGGGCCACUUGGAUGAACUACUAUCUGUACUUGAAAAUGCCAAAGCCUCGGUAUGUAGGAGAGCUGUUGCCAAAGAUUCAUAUGAAGUUUUACACAACCUGGUGCAAUAUUUUCAAAUGGAAACCCGUUUAAGUUUACGACUGAGUUUGCUACAAGUAUUUGGAGCCCUUUGUAGUCUGGAAGAUGUAAUUGUGUCCCAGCUGUUGUAUUCUGUUUUACCUUUAGAACUGGUCAGUGACCUCCGUAAUAAUUUCACUGAUGUGCGUCGUCUUAACUAUGUAGCCCUAGUACUGACUAUGGUGUUUUGUACAGGAGAGUCCUUCCCUGUUAGUUUAGAGGAUCAUGUAAAUGCUGAGUUUAUAGACUUUGUGUUUAACUUGCUGGAGGAGCCACCCACACCAGAACAUGCAGACCAGACUACAGACUCCCUGGUUAAUCUGAUGUUGGCUCUGAACCUGCAUUACCACAGUCUCUCUACUAACAGUAUCAUGGCUGUCAUACAGGGCAAAGCUUCACUGCAGACCUUCACAGAAAAAAUUCUUGUACUUUUUAAUCGUAGAGAUGAUCCAGUGAAGAUGUUUAAUCAUCAGGUAACCAGUGUCCACUCUGUGAUCAAGUUCAUGACCGACGUUUUUAGUAGUACUGCGACUGCAAACCUUUUAUAUACAAACGAUGCUAAAGUACUGGUGGACAUCCUCAUUCGCCAGCUAACAGAUCUACAGCCAGGCGACCAGGUACGGUCAUCUAUGUUGACUUUAGUGGAAUUGGUGGUGACAAAUUCAGAAUACAGUGACUAUAAACAUCGCCAGGGGGAGCUGCUGAAGUGUCUGAAUCACAUAGAAACAGAGGAGGCAGAUACAGAUUCAGACAAGGGUGUGGCUAAAAGAGUCAUUCAGUUAUUAGAAAAGUUGUGAUUGAUAAAAAUGUAAACAUCCCCAGGGGAAGCUGCUGAAGUGUCUGAAUCACAUAGAAACAGAGGAGGCAGAUACAGAUUCAGACAAGGGUGUGGCUAAAUGAGUCAUUUGGUUAAAAUAUGAGUCUAAUUGGUUGAACAAGUGGUUUGUCUCAUGUGUAUGCAAAGGUGCAUGCCAGUAACGAAAGUGGAAAAUGCCUUCAAGGUGUAGGUUUUGAAAUAUCAUAUUAUUAGGCUUGUCAGAUAGAGCAUAUCUGAUGCAAGGAUCUGCAAAGUAUAUAAAUUCUGUAAUAUCAUAUGUAACCAGUAUAUGACAAAAAGAUUAUUUCCCAAAUUACUGAAGAAAUAAGAAAAAUAUAUCAUCAAAAAACUACUCGGAUAUUAAUGAUAAUUUCCUUACCAUAAAGCAUUACAUUUCAUACUUCAUUUUGCAAAAUUUUUUUUAUUUUAUCACAAUUUUUCUAUCCAUGUGCAUGCAUCUAUAUUUCUUUUUACUAAGUAUAUCAGACAGCAUUGCAUUAAGGCUAUGGUCACAAUCACCUGUUUUGCUUUGCCUAUCAUUACAUAAGCAUCACUUUUGUAUUAGAUAUAAGGAAGUCAAUUUUUAGAAUUCAUCAAGUGGCUGUGUAAUAGAUUAAUUGCAAACUAAUGAAAGAUUAGACUGAAAGGAUGUUGUGUUAAUAUUUUACACACGCCAAAUGAAUAUCAAUGAGAGAUUUUUGUACAUUUGUUUUGAUGUCUGAAGAUCUCCUGAAAUGGAUUAUUCACUGUUCAAGCAGGUGGAGUGUAUACUGUAACAGCUUGAUUCAACAAUUUUAAGUGGAAUCUGUCAAACUUUACACCAGUAAACAUUUCUAUAAAUAGUCACACAUAAUUGAAUGAAGGGGAUGUAAUACAUCUCAAGUGACAGGGGUUCAUUUUUGUGCUGGAGGAAGGCAUUAUUGAAGUAUUGUACAUGUAUCGUAACUUUUUGUAUGAAUGAGGUGUCUAUCUACAAAAGUGAUUGGGUAGGUGUAUGACAUCUAUGGAAGUGAUUGGGUAGGUGUAUGACAUCUAUAGAAGUGAUUGGGUAGGUGUAUGACAAAUGUACAUGUAUUUAUACAAGAGAAAUGAUUAAGAGUGUCCUUUAUAUGGUUCAGAUUUUUUUACAAUAUUGCACUGUAUUUAAAUACUGUAUAUGUUACUUUAUAUGUACUGGUGGCUGAUUUGUAAAGCACAUGUGUACUUUGUCAAUUUUACAUACUUCUGUUUUUAAUCUAUAAAUAUAUAUAAAAUGGAAUAGACCACACGACUUGUGUAAUUACAUAUUUGUGUGAGGUAAUUUUUACUGUGAAAAUCAAAUUUCUAAUAAAAUCUCAUUAGGUUGCCCAUGAAAAGAAAACUGUUUUACAUGGUUUAUGAAAGGUUGUCCUAAGUGAAUAAAUACAUUGUAUAUUGUUGAUCCUGUAUGUUGGUCAGAUAGGGUAUAUUUAUAUAAUUUUAGGUACAAGAUUAUCCCCUUGGCUUUUUAGGUCACCUGCGACAAAGUCUAAGAGUGAUCUGUUGCGGUCCCUUUUGUCUGGCGUCGUGUUUCGUAUAUCAUAAAGUUUAACCAUUUCGACUUCCGGAAAACUCCUGAUUUCACUGAUUUCAAUGAAGUUUUACAAAAACCUUUCAUGGCUUAAGACACACCAAAAUUUUUAGUUAUAUGGUCCCCGGGGCCAAAAAGGGUCAAAUUGAUUCAAACAUCAAAAAAUCUGCUUCUCAAAUCACAGGCAUGAUAGAAUCAGGUACUUUUCAUGGAUAGAAAGGCCUUCAGAUGCUUUACAAAACAUGUAAAUUUCAUGACCCCAGGGUCACACAUUUCCCACUGGGGAUGGAGUAAAGUUGACUAUAGUUUAUAUAGGAAAAUCACAUUUUUGAACAUUUGUUUAUUUUCUAUUGGGAAUAAUUCAAACUUGGCUUGAAUUAUUAGUUUAGGAUGACAGUUUGAUGAGAUGCACAUAUUGGCCUCGACUGAUCUACAGGUACUGUUGGGUAGGUCAAAAAAUGGUUCAAAUGGACUGAAAUUUCAAAAAUCUUCUUCUCAAUACCCAGAUAAUAUAGAACUAAAUACUCUUCAUGGAUGGAAGUGUCUUACGGUGCUUUAUGAAUAUUGUAAAUUUCAUGACCCCAGGUUCUCACAUUUCCCCUUUUGGAGGAGGUAAAAUAUACUAUAUUUUCUUUAAGGAUAUUACAUUAUUUUUAGCAUAAUUUGUUUAUUUUCUUUCAGAAUUGUUCAAACUUUGUGAGAAUUUUUUGUUAUAAGUAUAAGCUGAGAGUUUGAUGAGCUGCACAUAUUGCCCUUGACUGACCCCCAGGGGCUGAUGAGGGGUUAAGAGGGGGCGCCAAAAAUGGGUCAAAUUGACUGAAAUUUUAAAGAUGUUCUACUGUUACUUGAUGGAAGAUUUUUAUAUAGGAAAAUUCAAAUCUUGAGUGUUAUAUCUUUUUAUUUCAAAUUUGGUUAGAAGCCUUAGCGUUUUUAACAAAAUAAUUUCUAUGACAUGUUACAAGAAGCAUUGUGACUCAGGAGACUGUUAAGGCUCUUUGGACCACUUGUUUACAUUUGAAUAUUAUGUUUGUCCUUAAAUUCAAAGGACAAUAUUAUUCAGACUGCAAAGAUGUGGGUUCCAGCCAUUAGAAAGGUAAUUCUAGUUUGUAUUUAUGAAAAAUAAUACUCAGAAAUAAAAUCAACUUUUAGUUACUAAGAGAGACCUCCAAAAAAGAAAGGAAUUUAUUUAACUAGAAAUUGUUAAUUUUUUUUUCAGAGCAAUAUAAAUAAAAGAAAUUUAAAACACA